CAGCAGAGGCGCGUCGUCCAUCUCACCAUCAACUUGCUUGCUGACGCCGUGCUCGCCAGGUGUUUUCCAAGCCCCCUCACGUGCCUGAACACAUACACGCUCCCUCGCCGCUCUCCUCGGCGGACACGCGCCUUUUCACUCUCGCGCUCCACCAUGGACUUCCAGUCUCCCCAGAACACCAUGUACGACACCUCAAGCUUCAUCGAUCCCAGCGCCAUCGCCAACCCCCAGAUGAAUGGCGCGCGCCCCUACAACCCAAUGCCCCAAGUCCCUCAGAAGCGAGACUCCACCGGCGCCGCCCUCUCUUUAUCCCGCUCACAAACGCCCUCCCAGCAGCCCCAAUUCGGCUUCCAGCACCAACAGCCAUUCGCCAACACGCCCUCGCCCACCAUGUCGAGCCAGCACUUUGCGCCUGGCCAGAUGGGCGGCCAGCGGAUGCAGACUGCCUCGCCCGCGCAAAACCCUCAUGCGCCCCAGAUGUCGCCCAUGGGCUUCCAACCCUCGCCCAUGAACCAAGCAUUCAACGCAAACUCCGGUAACCAAUUCCCAGUUCAAUCCGUCCAGCUGUCACAAAAUCUGCAGAGUCGCCAGCAGGAGGCACAGAGGCAGUACGCAAUGCGCCUACAACAGCAGCAGCAGCUGGGCAACCUCGCCGCGAGCAACAUGGCAGCCCGACAAGGACAGCAGCCAGGCGCACAGAUGCCCGGCGGAAUGCAAAACCCCAUGCAGCAUCCUGGUAUGCAGCCAAACAUGAUGCAAGGCCAAGCACAACAACCAAACCCCCAGGUCCAAUAUCAGCAGUUCCUCAAAAACGUCGCAGCGCUAUAUGCUCAGCAAAACCGGCCGUUUAACCCGCAGCCUCAAUGCGCUGGCCGUGUAAUUAACUUGCAGAACCUCUACGCCGCCGUCUUGCGCUUCAAGGGCUCUCGAUUCGCUACCCAGCAAAAUGGCUGGCCGCGGAUCGCACAGAUGAUGAACAUACACCCACAGCAGUUCCCUAAUGCCCCUAAUGAGUUGCGCCAGAUCUACGAAGCAAACUUGCUCCUCUACGAAACUGCCUACAUCCAGCGACAGCAGCAACAGCAGCAGCAGAUGCAAAUGCAACAACAAAAGGGCAUGCCUCCACAAGGGCAAAUGGGUCAGAUGGCACAAAUGGGGCAAAUGGGGCAGAUGGGUCAAAUGAAUCAAAUGGCUACUAUGGGUCAGCAGAUGUCCCCAACAAGACCUACAAUGCCAGGACAGCAAAACAAUAUUGCGGGACACCAGGAGUACCUUCAACAGCUGCAAAGAUCGCAGGAGUCGCUGAAGCAACAACAACAACAACAGCAGCAGCAGCAGCAGCAGCAGCAACAACAAGCCCAGCAACAGCAACAGCAACAGCAGCAACAACAACAACAACAACAACAGCAAGCCCAGCAACAACAACAGCAGCAGCAGCAGCGCCAAUCGGUCCCACCUACCCAGCAGUCCCAUCAACAAAUCGACCCAACCACGCACCUGCCACAAUCGACGCCGUUACAAAGUAAUGCAGCACCUCCAAGAGUCAACGGUAACACACCACAGCCAGAUAUCAAUACGCGAAAGAGCCUCAGCAGACAGUUAGAGGGAACCCCUGUUCCAGGCAAAGAACCUAACCAGGCACAACCUUUGUCAAUGAAGCAGGAAGAGAAUGCCACAGUCGCCGAUCCGGCUUUGAAUGCUAUGGAAGGACCUGAGAGGCGGAAACCUGUGAUAGAGCAAGAUGAUGGCACAAGAGUCUACCAACCCGCAUGGCGAACUCAAGAUACCUGGGGGGGUCUCGACUUUGACUCUGACAACUUCAAAAACAUGAUCGACACCAUCACAAACUACAAGCCAAACGUGCCGAUGCUGCCAGAGAUGGGUGUAAUUGACAUCCGAGCGAUUACCAUGAGCAUCAGGUCGGGUUUGCCUGGCGAGGCGCGCUUGGGACUCGACACCCUCACACACUUGACGUAUGACAACACUAUACAGUUCAAUCUGGCCCACUGCGAAGAUUUGACAGAAGUGUUGGUGGAGUAUGCAGAAGACCUCUUGGAAACAUUGGGCAACGACAAUCCCGAAGUCACCGACAUUAUCGAUCUCAUGUCCUACGAGGAUGUCAUGCACCACUGCCGCGAAGAAGCUGCCUCACUACUGGAGAUCCCACAGGUCGGGACAACCGCACACCAUCUCAAUCGUACCGCUGACCGGCUGCUUGCAAUCACCACGAUUUUCCGCAACCUAUCCUUCCUCGAGGUUAAUCAUGACUCCCUAGUCAGCCCAUCAGUUCUGAAGUUCCUCGCAAACUUCAUACGCCUUGUGGGCACACGGGUUUUACUUCUCCGCUCACAUAUGAACACCUUUGAGUUCAUGAAAGACAUUGUUACUUUCUUUUCCAAUACUAGUGCUAAAGUUGUUCUGCCUAGCCGUGAAGAUGCAUACGCUGUACUGCACUUCCUAUGCGCCUUUGCUCCAAUGCCACGACCUGCCGAACCUGUCAAGUUUACGCCCUUUGAUCCUCAAAUCCACCGCUAUCUUCCGUCCGCAGUCGACAGUCUCGCAAAGCUUCUCGCUCGUGACGAUCCCAACCGGACGUAUUACAAGCAGAUAUUCAUCAACGAGGCGACCGCGACACCAGCGUAUGACCUCCUGACACGAUCUUUUGCCCUCGCCAUCUCAGUCGUGCCUGACCGCAACUACAUUGAGAACAAGAUGUACCAAUUGAAGGACCCGCGUCCUAAGGAGGUGCGCAUGUUUGAGGCGCGUAUCGCAGAAUCGCGAAAGGCCUACCUCAUGCAAGGCAUGCUGGCUGCAGACAUCCUCGCCAGUCUGGCCCCAGGACCGGAAACUGGCAUCUGCCGUGCAUGGCUUGAAUCAGAGGACGGCUGGGCACAUACGCUCCUCAAAUUUGCAAUGUCUCUCUCAGCCACUGAUACUGCCAUCCCUCACCCUCCCUUGCCACCAAACCAUCGCGGCCCACGACCCAUGGACCACGACCGAGAAGGUUUCCAACUUAUUGUGCACCGUGCGCUAUCGACUCUCAAGCGCCUAGGCGACAAGUCAAAGGGCGGCGAGCUCCUUGUCAAGGGCGUGCAGCAAAUGAACGGACACAUGGACCACGACAGUAUGGAUGAGGACGAGGAUGAUGAUGAUAUGGAGAUUUUCAGUUUCAACGGCAGCUCAUGGAGGGUGAAAGCCGAUAUUUUACCCCGCAAGGAGACGCUACUUGGUGCACUGUUGACAGCGCAACUCGAUGUUCGCAGUCUAAAUCAAUUCUGUAAGAUUGGGUAUCUGGACGAGUAA